UACAAGCAGUAUUUAAGUUAGCUCGCUUGACAAUUUUGAACUAAGAUUUUGCCCUCUUGUUAUUUAAGGUUAUUCAAGUCAUCUAUAUUAAUCAUUAAUCGCAAUCAUUUAUGUAAAGCUGGCUUCCUGCUGUUUGUGUAUUUCUUUGAUAUGAUGCUAUAGUCAGCUAACUUACAGUAGCUUUGUAAUAAGGUGCAGCAUGAAUCCCAGAAUAAUGAGGUUGUUCGUUCUUCAUGGACCCAGUGGAUCAUGUCUCUGAUCCUGUUUGCCUUUGUGGUUCGGGUCAGGGAUGGACUUCCCCUGUCAGCCUCCACAGACUUCGAACACAACCGAGAGCUUCAAGAGAGGAAGCAGCAACUCAGAACCGUUAGCAAGUCACUGGCCUGCUUUCCUGACAGGGGCACCAUUAAGGGCCAGCAGCUCAACAUUUACUUCGUCUCCUCAGAGGGUGUAUCCUACAUGACUGUGUGCCACUGCAGCCUCCCUGUUGCUAAAGCCUUCUGCUUCCUGGAAGAUCUGCGUUGGGAGUUCACAGCAUGCUUCAAUAGCACUGUUGUUUCCUUGGCAGCCAGGCCAUAUCCAUUUUUGGAAUUUGAUAGCACUAUUCAAAAGCUGAAGCAGCAGUACAACCAAAGUGGUGGUCCGGCACUUGAGGUGACUUUGGCAGAAGUCCAAGAGGAUCUGAGGAGAAAUCCACCACAAGUAAUUAACUUGGAUGAGGUGCAGCUGACCAACGGCAUUGCAAAUGGCCACAUAGAGCAGGGUCUUGCAUCUGGUCAGAAUCAGAGGCUUGAACCGGUGUCAGCAUCAGGCAUCCUUUCUCUUGUCCUUAAUAUCAUGUGUGCAUCUUUGAAUAUGAUUCGUGGGGUGCACCUCAUGGAGUACACAUUCCAGGAUGAUUAUGAAGGCAUUUCAAAUGUUGUGGCAUUUCUUCUGGCAUUUGUCUGCUGUGCUUUUCAGUGCCACCUCUACCUGUUUCACUCACCUCUGAAGAAACUAAAGUCCUUUGGUCUGUUGAGUGUGAUCGUCCUAUGCAACUUGUACCUGCUUGGCAUGAGGAACGUGUGGCAGUUCAUCUUUCACAUCUCUGUCGCCUCAAUCUCCACCAUUCUCAUUCUCACUCGCAAACUCCAAGACAGAAUCAAUGACUGUGGGGUUUGAGGAGCACUGACCAGUUUUAAUGCACUGCACCACUCCAAUGGUCACCACAGUAGAAAACAACAGGGAAGUAAAUGGCUCAAUCAAAAUUUCAACAUUCAAGUACAUAUUUUCAUGUGUACAGUAAAUACUUGCACUUUGUUUAUUUUGUUUUCAGGACUGCAGAGAGAAUACAGGCAAAUGCAGUUAUUUAUUGAUUCUUAAAAAUGUCUUAUUGAACUUUAAGUAGGAAGAAAAGGACACAUUUUUAACUGAUGAAGGAGUUUUUCAGUCAGAGUUGCUGACCAAAGUUUUUCAAAUGAAGACAAUAAUGUCGCUGUCUAAACAGCUAUGUUUGAUUUAGUGGCUCAUGUAUUUCUACAUUAAGCUUCAGCUUUGUUCUGCUUCGGCAGGCUUUUGAUUAUCUUUGCAUAAUCAGUUUACAACGCUGGGUGAAGAUUUGUGAUUGUUUGAUUAAAGAUGAUUUAAUUGUACUUUUAAGAUAUGAACACAUUCUUUCACUGUUAAGAUUUUACAUUUGUAGGAGUAUGAUACAUAAAUUAUUUGGAGUAGUUUAAAUGAAUAUUGGUGAAACUUAGGGAUAGUGGGUUGCUCCUUUAUAGAUUACUUUAGAAUUGUCCCUAUUUAGGCUACUGUAAAAAUAAUAAUAUGCCUUAAUGUGUGACAGAACAAAUGCUGUCAGUUAGUUUUAUUCAUUCAUUUACAUUUUUACUAAUCAACCAGGCUAAGCUGCUCUAAAUUUAAAGGCUUCAUUAUUUAAUGAUUUUACAGUCAUUAGGUGAUUUUUGUAGGCCUGCAAGGUAAGAUGUCGAAAACUGUUGUUAGCCCAUAAUCACCCAGUACCCAGUAGAUUUUUUUACCAUCCAACAAAAUACUGCUAAAUUAGUUCUGUCUCUUUUUUUUUAAUUUUUUUUAUCAUCCUCAUUGUGAAAUUGUGAAGCACUGAUUUAAUGUUAUAACUUGCUAAAACACAACUGCACUAUUAGGUUAAGGUUUUGUUGUGAAAGAUUUUGCAAUUUUUUUUUUUUAAUAAUUGCAUAAUUGGGUUUAGCUGAAAUUAUUUUUUUAUAAAUUAUUUUCUGGACAUAUUUCCUCCGGACAGUUAUCUCUCUAUCACAGCUCAGCAGUGCUCAUGAAAAGAAGGACAUUAGCACAAGCUAAUUUAACGACUGACAGUGACUAGCUUAUUAUCUGGUUACGUACUACAAAUAGCAAAGUUUUUUUUUUAAUUUACAACUUUUGAUAACAUGGCUUUCAAGCUUUACCUGAAUUGUUAUUGCCACUGCAGACGAGGGAAAUGUAACAUAAGUUGCUGCACUACUAUUAGCUUGCUGUUAGCUUAGUGAAAAUAUUUUGGGAGCAGUAGAAUAAUUUUUUUAUCUUUAUUUCACCAUUCUGUCUGUAGUUCCCACAUUUCUUUAAAAAUGAAAAUUAUUUCAUUUUAAAAUCUUGUUUUCUCCACCUUUGUUUACAUACAAAUGGCUCGUGCAUAAGGCCUUUAGUCUCCGUAAUUAGACCACAUGAACAGACGUUGUUUUAGCUUUGUUGUUCUUCGUACCACAUAACAAACUAUUUUCUCUGUUCUUAUGAAGUAUGUAUUGGUCUCAAGCCUGAGAAUAUGCUUGCUUUUAACAUUGUUAGGCAACCGGCACCAUCUUGAGUGUAAUUGUUAGCAUACUUGCUCUUGUGCUCUUAUACUACGCUUGUUACUGGAGGAUUCCACCAGGGGGCGCAACUCAGACAAGAUAGAGUUGCCAAAUUUGUAGAGUAGAAACAAAACAGUAAACAUGGCAAUAAAGAGGAUGUUAGCAUUUGGUUAAUAUUGAGGUCACAAAAAAAUGAAAUCACAGCAGUAGUAUCAUAGGUUGUAUAUGAGGCCCAUAAACUUUCCAUAAUUUUUACGACUUUUGACUAUGUGACCUCAUAUCUGGCUAAAUUACUUGGAUGUUGCAGUCUGUGAACACGUAGCAUUAAGUUCCAAGGAUUUGCACAAAUACACAAGACAACCAUGAUACACAGUAUGCAUAAUUAAAAGUAUAUUAUUGGGCUUUAGUAUAAUUAUUCUUUUAUUUAUACAAUAACUAAAAAGAAUUGCAUCUAUCAAGCAAAAUGUUGACUGUGCUAGUAACCCAACAUCACAGCAGCUCUGUAAAAUCUGUCCUUAAUAUUUGAACCAUCAUUUAAUCAGGAAAGUUCAUCUGACAAUUUAAACUUCUGUUCUUCUCAGGAGGAAAAGUCUUUUCUGGUUUAGCUGUGUAGUUAGUUAGCAGUGUGAACUAUGUUUUUUUUUUUUAAUUUUUUAAUUUUUACUUUUUUAGUUUUAUUCUGAACUCUGGCUCAGUGCUAAGAAAUAGUAAAAUUAAAUAUGCAGAUGGAGGUUUUCUAUGUCAGAGUUCAAGCAGAGUUAUCAUCCUAGAUUCUGAAAUGUUCAAAUAUAGAAAAUGUAGCUAAAAAGAACUUUCACCCAUAAUGCUGCUGGGUAUUUCCUGUGCAAGAAAUCAGUGAUGUUUUUUUAUACAAAUGAGGUUUUUCUGAUUUCAGAGUUGUGUAUUUACAGUGCAGAAUUAAUAAAUUCUAAAACAAUUGUUAAUGUUUUGAAGAUAUACACAUUAAUAAUCUGGGAAACAUUUUAAUGAAGGGUAAUUAUCUUUAUUGUUUUUGAACUAAAAUUGAAUUGCGCUGUGUCAACAAAACAUGGCAACCAUUGUUUUCUGACAUAUUUUUUUCUUUUUUUUAAAUGUUUUGUUUGCAAGUUUGAAAAACCCCUCUCAAAUGUGUUGAGUCUUUUUUUCUGGACAGAAUCUCCAGUUUAAAACAAAGCUCUGUAACAUGUAUCAGAUUUGACUCUCAUACGUUUGAUUUAGUGGUUAUUAUGGCUGCAAAAGUAUUGUAACCAUGUUAUUCAUUGUAACUGCCAAAAAAACACUGGGGAUUAUUGGGCUCUAUUUAUUUUUGUAAUUUUUUCUGCUACGGUGACAUUUCAUGAAUAAAUAGUGUCUUUUCUCA